ACCAGCACCGCCAUGGAAGACAGCUUCAAGGUCCGGGUGGACCGCCUCUUCGGCUCCCUCUCCUCCUCCUCCUCCUCCUCCUCCUCGGCGUCGGUGGCGUCGGCGGCGGCGGCCCAGCCUUCCUCCUCCGCCGCGGCCUCGUCCUUCAGCUCCCUCUGGUGCCUCACCGACGGCGAGGUCGAGCGGAAGGAGUGGAACCGGGACAGGGGCAGCCCCGAGCCCGAGUUCGACCUCGGCCCCCGCCCGACGAGGGGCGGCGGCGGCGGGGGCGGCGGGGCGAGGCCGGGUGGGGCCGGGGGAUUUCCGCGAGGAUCUCGAGAGGGAUCUGAGGAGCUCGACGAUUGCAACGGCGACGAGGGGGACGAGGAGGAGGGGCUUCGGUCGUCGGGCCAAUCGGAUAAGCCGGACGAUUAUAACGACGAGGAGUGGGAGAUUAAGUCCUCCAUCGGGCGGGACUGCACUUUGGACUAUGAGUUGAAUUGGUGUUGUGGUGGAGUGAGUGAGGCGCUGCAGCUGACAAAGGCUAGGUUUUGUUGUGAUGUUCUAUUUGCCUGUUUGAAAUAUGGUGGUGAAGAUACUCCAUUUGAUGAUUCUAAUCAAUGGCGGGCGAAGAUGAUAUUUGUUGCACCUGAAGAGGAGGAUCGGUAUGAUAAGUUAGCUGUUGGAAGAGAGAAGGCCGGAGACCGCUUGUAUAUGAAGGAUAUAACAAACUAUGGCAUAUCCAUCGAUCAUGAUAGCGAGCUUCCAACUACAUUCAGCGAUGUUUCUAGGGACCCACGUGCUGACCACAUGGCUGCAAAAAUUAGAUUAAAGGAAGAUGCAGAAGCAGCUGAAAAGAUAGAUUCUCUGCACGUCUCUGAGGAAAAUGCACAUUCAGUGGCUAAUUCCCAAGUUCACACAUCUGAAGUUGAUGUCAAUCUGAAAUCUAUUUUGAAGAGGAAGGAUGGUCAAAGCGAUUCAAAGACACAAAAACGUGUUCGGUUUGAUCCCGAAUCAAUUGAGGAAGCAUCUUCUGAAGCUGAACUUGUGCCGAUGGAUCCUUCUGGAACAGAAUCAUCCAUCAGCGAAAAUGGAGUAAUCAGGCCUUCUCAAGAUUUUUCUUCUGCUGUUCCUGAUUAUUUGCGGAACCCUUCCAGAUAUACACAUUAUACAUUUGAUUCCUCAACUGACAUGGACGAACAAUCUAACCGGCAAGCUUAUAUGGACUUUCUGAACAUGGUGAAGAAGUCAAAAUCCUCAGAUGAAUGUCCAGAUGAUUCUCCUGUUGAUCUUCCUAAAUCAGUCACUUUCAUCCCAAGGAAAAGAGGUAGUACGAUAUUAGACAAUGGUGCAGAGUUGAAGCUAGAUAAUGAAGAUGCAAGUAAAGAUGCAGUACGUAGAAAAGUAGCCCCUGUUAUUGCUGCUGUGGAUGCCCAAGAUAGUGAAGUGUGUGCAAUGGAGGAAGAUGAAGUGGAAGAAGCAGUUGACCAAAAGCACUCUUUGGUCCGAUCAGGUCGGCAGUACCGGACAAAGGCUGGGACAGAGGAGGAUUUAUCAUGAGAUUUAAUUGUUCAUCGUUCCCGACAUUUUAGCUUGGCUUUUACUUGUUUCCUUUGGUUUUCUAGAGCUACUUCUGUUGCAUUCCAUAGUAUGUAUGAGCUCUUGUCUUAUAUGUAACUUUAACGAUCUUGAGAUGCGUGGACCUGAUGUAGAUAGAAGAAAAAUUUCCUUGGGAAGCUGGUUUCUAAUUUUUGUUC